AUGUCUUUGACCAACGUUUAUCAUUUGCGCCGAGUCGCAGAUACCUCUGCGAAAGCAUGUCUAAUCUGCUACAAGCCAUCGACCAGCGUGAUGAUCACGCCUGAUAACAAGGACUUCUUCUAUGUGUGCCCCGCACACCUCCAAGACCGCCACUUCUGCUCGCCCAUUAUUGACGCCGAGAGCGAAGCAGCACGGCUGAAAGAGCAGGAGAUGGCUGAAGAAAUUGAAAAGGUUAAAAAGGAGUACGAGGAGAAACAGAAACGGAAGAAGGAGCGGGCGAAGCAAUCCGACAAGGAUGAAAAGGACAAGGACAAGGGGAAAAAGAAUGAUAAAGACGACUCCAAAGAUAAGGAAUCCACUGAUUCCAAGACUAAUGACGAGAAGGAAAGAGAUGAGAAGGGGAACGAGACGAAGCCAGAGAACGGUCCUCGAAUUUUCGCCCUACACAAGACAUUCUAUCAGAUGCGUAUCGACCGGUUACGAGGCAUCGAGAUGGCUAGACGGAAUCAGGAGAGGAUGAAAAACCCAUCUCUCUUCCCUUCUGUUCCCACCAAGGAUCUAUAA